AUGUUUAAAUUAAUAGUUCUAUUAGUUAAAAUAUAUAUCAUAAAACUUUAUAUUUAAUAGGUUUUAUGCUAAGCUCCUUAAAAUUGGCUUUACUCUUAGUAAUAUAGUUUUAUUGUAUAGGCUUAGGGGUAAUCAAAUUUGUUCUCAAAAAUUUUAGUUAGUAAAUAAACUGGAUUAGUUUUUGUUUCAGCUGGAUAUAAAGGUGUUUAAGUAAUUGAUCCAAAUUAAAAUUACAGAAUAACAGCAAGCUUAUCAACAAAUGAUCACAUAGAAGGAUUUGCUAUCACCUAAGAUGCUAAUUAUGUCUUUGCUACAAAUAAUAAGGUAUUAAAUAUUUAUGAAUUUUCUAAUAGAAAAAUAUUUAAUUCCAUAGGACAGGAUUCAACACCUGUUUAUAUUGUUGACAUCAUAAUUAAUUAAAACGAAGAUACCUUAUAUUUAUUUUAAAUUAAUGGCAUCGUUCGCAUUUUAGAUAUUAGUUAAAAAACUAAUCCUAGCUUUGCUGGCUAAAUUUUAUGGUUUCCUUAACAAAUUUAUGGUGGUAUUUUAUCAACUGAUGAAAGAUUUCUAAUAAUUAGCUAGGAUAAUUAGGGAGUAGGAGUAUUCUACUUAACAAAAGUUAAUAAGUAAGUUACUGGUACUUUCCUGGGAUCAUAUUCUGGAGCAAGUUAAGGGAACUCUCAUUAGGUCAUACUGACUCCAGAUUAAAAUUAUCUUAUUAGUUUAGACUAAAGAAAUGGGUUAAGUUUUGCAGAUUUCUCUUUAGUAUAAACUAAAAUACCUCAAAAUUAGCCAUAUUAAUUUAAUUACUAUCUAAAUUAAUGGUGGCCUUCCUAAAACAUUUUACCUUCACCAUAUUCUUUUUGCUUAUCUUAAGAUGGAAAUUUUCUCUUUUUAGGAGUAAGAUCAAUAGGAAUUUACACUAUUGAUAUUACUGAUAAGAAAAAACCUAAGAUAUAUAUGUGGGCAUACUUUCCUUUUCAUGGUAAUUCAAUUGCCUUAUCUCCUACUUCAAAUUAUCUUUAUUUUUCUAAUUCUCUAUCUUUUAUGGUUUUUAGAAAGAUGCAACCUACUUUAGGUUUGAAAUAUGUUAGUCUAUAUAAUGGUAAUCAUUCAAUAGGCUUUGACUAAUCGCUUACUAGAUAUUAUUGGAGGUGUGAUUACGAUCCUUAUAGAUAAGUGUAUAUUGGAGCAUUUGAUACUGAUGGACUUUGGUUGAUCGAUGUAAGCAAUCCUAAUAGCUUUAAUGUGCUCUAAAGUUCUUAUAAACCACCUAAUUAAGAUGCAAAUAUAGAUGUAUUUUUAGCUUUAAAUAAUUAUCAAGUUUUGAUUACAUCUAUGAAUGAUGGAGUCAAUUUUAUGGCUGUGCUUGAUAUCUCCAAUUAUUAAAAUAUAUAAGUUAUAUAAUAAAUACCCUUAGGAGAACCUUUUUAUGGAUAUAUUAAAGACAUAGAUUACUCGCUUGAUUAUAAAAUGGUUGUGUGCUCUUUAGAUAGGGUAAUUGUAUUUGUUGAUACUUAGAAUGUAAGAUCAUUUUAAGUAAUAGCAAAGUGGUAUUUCCAACCUUAGAUGAAAGGAUUUACUACAGGAGUUAUGCUUUCAUCUGAUGCUAAAUAUUUUAUAGGAGCAUGCAGAGGUUAUGGAUACUUUGUUUUAGAUAUAUAAGAUUUGAAGAACAUAAAUUUGAUCAACUACUUAGAAUCAACAGGAGCUGAAUAAGUAUAUAAAUCAUUAAUAUUUAGCUAUUAGUUUUACUUAGUAGAUGGACUUGAUGGUCUUUACAUAAUGGACUAAACAAAGUUGCCCUAAUUAGUUUCAUUUUCAAAGCUUAUAGUUCCAGGAUGGACUAAUGAUAUUACUUUCUUAAAUUAAGAAUAAACUGUAAUUAUAUCAACAAUGCAGCAAGGUAUGAUAUAUUUACUUGAUAUAUCAGACAAUAAAAACCCUUUUAUUGUCUCUAGUUAUUAGUAUGGGGACUAGAAUGGAAUGUUUACCUGCUCUAAAUAGGACUUUACAACUUUAUUUAUAAAUAAUAACUUAGAAGUAAGAAGAUUACCACUUACGGUUUCUGUAAUGCUACAUGUAGAUUAUAUACAAGUCUUAGGUUACACUCAAUCUGGAGAUAUGUAGUACAACAUAAUUGAAAGCCCAGAAAUUUAUUAAUUUUAAGUAGGACAAACUAUCAAACUCAAUAUAUGUACGCUCUAUCAAUCCAUUGAUAUAGUUUUCAGUAGCAUAAAAUUUUAUUAAAAAUAGAGAGAGUAUCCGCUACCUAGCUGGAUAGUUUUUGACCCUGUAGAAAUUUCUUUAAUGAUAACUAUUACAAACUAAGCAGUAGAUCCUUAAAAUUUGAGCUAACCUCUGUUAAAUACUCUUCUAGUUACCACAAUAACACCUCUAUAUAAAUAAGAUUUUAUUUUUUCUUAAGAUAAAUGUUCUACUAAUUUAGAAUAAGCAAGUGUAAUCUACCUCUAAUUUUAGGAAGAUGGUAUUAUAGAUGAUAAUAAUUAUGUUUCUACUAACAUAUAAUACAACUCUUUAUAGACUAUUUAAAUAAAAGACACAACUCUAUUCCCAGAUAUCAACCAAAAAGUUUACAUGGAUUGUUUAAGUUAAUAAUUAAAAUAUAAGUUACUUAAUGCUAUAUAAAACACUCCCAUAUAUCUCAAUAUUAAAUCAUCGCUAAAUCUAAACACAAGUGGAACUACUUCAAAUUAUAUCUCUACCACUGCCCUUUCAGUUAGCAUAUAAAUAUAAAUCACAAAAUUUUAUGGCUAGAUUAUUUUUAGAAAUGAGGAGUCUAUUAAUAUUUAAAUAAGUGCAGAUUAAGAUAUUUUAAAUAUUACUGGAAAAGUGCAAAAUAUUAAUGAAUAUCUUAAUAAAAAAAUAAUAAUUUAUCCUAUAUCUCCACAAAAUUUUAAUGAUAUAAUAGCAAUCAUAACUGUAAUGGAUUCCAUUAAUUAUCCAAUAGUAAACAGCUAAGCAUCAAAUAAGAUUCCUUUUUUAGCAGAAAAAUAGAAUAUUUAAAUAAACCCUGAAAAAACUUUGCAAACCUAAUUUUCUGAUAACAUUUUAAUUUAAACAGCUUUUGAAUUUACUAUUGACUCCAAAACAUUUAUUGCACCUGAUUUAAAUACAACAAUUACAUAUAAAGUUUUAUAAUAAAAAGGAAAUUAAUAUAUCCCUUUAGAAAACUCAUUAUGGCUUUAAUAUAAUAGUGAUACUUUUAAAUUUUAUGGUACACCUCCAGCGAGCGCAUUUAAAACAAGUUUAACUAUUCAAGUAACAGGAUCUGAUGGGUAUACUAAAGUAUCAUAAAAUUUUACUAUACAUGUGAAUCAAUUACCUUUGAUGUUUGUAAUAUAAUGGAUAAUAACAAUAUUGGGCCCUUUGACAGGUAUUUUUGGCCUCUAUAAGUUUAGAGGUGACUUAUAUAACAUACUUUUUAACAAAAGAAAUAAAUACAGCAAAAUUACUUGUAAACCAAACUAGUACUUUAUUCUUAAAAUACCUUUAAUACUUCACGAAAAUAGUGCUUCAAUACAAAUCAUGAAAGAACUUGAAGCUUAGUUAAAAAGGUAAGAAACUACAAAGUAAUAAAUUAUAAAAAUCUUUUAAAAAAAGAAACCAAUAAAUUAGCCAGCAAGUAAAAAAAGAUAAAGCUGGAAUAAAUUACUCAAAAUUACAAAAUUCAAAACAACAAUUCUCGAAGGUAUUGGUAAAAUAUAAGAAAUGAUGCAAGCAAACAUGACUGCUAUUGCUCAGAGCUAUAAAAAGAGACUUGAAUUAUUACAGAAAUCUGAAAGAACAUCUUAAAUUGAAAAACUUUAUUUAAAAGAAAAUGGAUCAAUUGAUUAUAAAUUAUAUUUAGAUCACCUCUUAGAAUUCGAUAUUUAAUUUAAAAUGAAUAAUGUAGAAAAAUCAACGAAACUUUUAAAAGAAGAACUUAGUACAAACUAUAGUGUUCUAUUCUAAUGUCUUAAAUCUUAAUUAGCUAUAAAAUUAAUGUGCUUCGAUAUAAAAAGUUAAUCAGUUUACAGUUUUUUAAGACAUUAUUCAUAAGUUAUGAAUCCAAAUCUUACAAAAAAUGAUUGGUAUAAAUUUUUAGUUAACAUAAAAUCGACAGAUGACUUAGAUCCUUUUGGUCACUAAAUAGUUUUUCCUGAGUUUUCAUUUUAUUUUACAAGGUUAUAUGACAUUUUAACCUUAUUAGAUUUUAAAAUAAAUGAUGUGGAUUUUUUAUAUUCUGAUGAUUUAGAAUCACAACAAAAAGAGAAAAUAUAUGAUUAAAUAUAUGAAAAAUAUGAUGUAAAUUUAUACUUAAUAGAAUAAUAAAUAUUUGCUGAUGCUUCAGGAAUUGUAAAAACUAUCCCAAGUAGUUUUUUUCCAAGCUCAGGAGAAUCUAUUCAUAUCGAUCCUUAUUAAAUUAACGCUUUAGUAGCAUUGAGAUACUCACCUGGACCUUGUAUUUGUAUAGAAAAAACUCUAGGUUUAGAUUAUAAACCUUAUGGACCUUAAGGGAACAUACAGCUACCUAACUGGCUUGAGCUAGAUACUUAACCAGGAUUGAUUAUAUUAAAAGGAAUACCUGAUUUUUCUAAUUCAGAAGGCAUACUUAUUAGAAUAACUACACUCGAAGGUUAUAUAAUUAAGCAUUUCAUUUUAAAUGUCGAAGAAGAUGUGGUAGAAUAUAAAAAAUUAAAAUAAUAAUUAUAUAAAAAAAAGUAUAUCCAUAAUAGUAAGAAUCAAAAAUUUAAUUAGUUAGAUUCCUAUAAUAAUUAGCAGAAAUUAUUGGCAUAUAGUAUUUAUAGAGAAAAGCCUUCUCAAGAUAGCAUAUUCUUUAACCCUAAAUAAAAUUUACCAUUUUAGCAGAUUACUCAUCGCAGUUUAACUAAAUAAAAUUCAAAAUCUAUUACUUUAAUUACAGAUGUAGAUAUUUAAGAAGAAGAUCAUCAAAUAUCAGGCAUUAAAUCUUCAGAAUAAAAAGUAAUUGUAGAUUAAAAAAUGUAAAAUUUAGAUAACUAGAUAACCUAACCAACUUUAUUAACAGAAAAUUAAUCAAAAAAGAAUAUUUAAGAAUGA